UGCCGUAUCUCAUGUGCCGAUGCGUCCCUCCUUCCCUCACAAACCAAAUGAUUUCAUGAGCUUCGGUCCCUUGGGAGAAGUCACAGACGCAGUCAUCUGCGGCUCACGCAGCCCCCCUGGCCCUCCAUCCCCCUUGAUGGGCACACCGAACUGCACACCCUCCGCUUGCAGUUUCUCGGCCAGAAUCUUCAGCCCUCCCAGGUGUUCCUCAUCGAGCACUCUGCCGGCGCCCGCGGCCAUCGACCCACGGCGCGACGCCGACUGGCUGAUGAGCUGGUCGACGGACGGCAGGAUGCCGUGCCAAAGCGACAGGUUGUCUGCCUCGAUAUCGGGGAGCUCAUAAGAGGGAAGAGGCUCCAUUUCUCGCGGCGCAUCGGAGUCGUGGUCUGCAAGGAGCAUGCUCAUGGCGGUACCGGCGAGGGACCCGGAGCGGCUGGAGCGAAGCGCAGGGAUGCCCAACAGCUCCUUUCCCUUCCGUGAGUCGUCGCCAGACACCACAGACGACCGGCGGGGCAUCUCGUUUUCAACCAUCUCGAUCGACGCCACACUGCAAUCGCGUGCAAGGACACACUACACACACGUGGGUGUCCGAAGUGGCUUCCAGCUCACCUGUGUCGCUCCUUGUGCCCCUUGAUGCCCGACGACUGCCGCCAUGGGGCCUGCCAGUAGCCGAAGCUGCCCUGAUGGACCACAAGGGAUGGCUCUGUUGGGUGGUGCGUGUUGGAGUGGGUCGAGUGCAGCUCUUCGGGACACAGAGGGGUGAUAUCUGAGCACACAACAACGUCGAGAGAUAUCGGACGAUCUCAAUUUGAGUUUCGAACGCCAACCUGAUCGGACGGACACGAUAGAGUUUCUGCCUCUGCGGGAGGAGCUGCGUGACCGUUCUCUUUGCUGAGGCUGGAAACGGGGACAGAAAAGGCAUCCUGCCAUCGCUGCGUUUGCCCCCAAUUCAGAGAUCACUUAUUGUGGGGCCGACCGGGAUCCACCGCUUAGCGUUCUCUGUUCUCCUCAGGUGGUUUUUUAGAGCUAAGAAACCGCCUUACUACGUGUCCACACACAUACCACCUGAACACUCUCUCACAAACCCUUGGUCGGUUGCUCGAAUGACACCACCCUUCGCAUGACGAGUCUCUACCAUGAUCCCUCAACUGAAUCAUCUCUGAUAAAGAUGCACUGCACACCACGGCUCCCGCCAGGCAGAAUCGGAUGCAGGGUGUUCUGGGAGACAUGCACAUCAUUUCCGCCCAGACACACACACACACACGCGCGCACACACACACACACACAUCGCCUGAACAACACGAGCAGACAGGGCGCAGGUGGCCAGCAGGGAGAUGCAUCAAAGAAUCAUGCCACAGGGCUCUUACUGCUUGCGUCACUCAGCAGAGCUCACUGAGGUCAGCCAGGCGCAGCCACAGCAGCCCGUAUUGACCACGAUGGAGCAGGCACGUGGAGGCGAGGAUGCUCGCCGUGUGGCUGAAAGAGAAGACAAGAAGACUCGGAAGGCCAUCCUUCCCUGCCCUGCCGCC